UUUUUUUUUAAUAUUUAUAAAGAUUUGUCUGUUCUCUGAAGUCGUGUAUAAUCAUCUCACAAGUGCCUAGGUAAAUUUACGGUCGUCGACAAGAACUAAAGAAUCUUCAAGAAGGUAAUGGAAGAUCCACUUUUACGGGGAAACGAUCAGACAAACACCGGAAGUCCUAAGCCGACGACGCAUACAUGGAGGAAGGAUUUCACGGCGGAGCUCAAGAACGUCAGCCUCAUGGGGGCGCCUAUGGCCACCGUGACCGUUGCUCAGUACUUAUUGCCCGUCAUCUCAGUCAUGGUCGCUGGCCACCGUGGCGAACUCCAGCUCUCCGGUGUCGCUCUAGCCACUUCUUUCGCAAACGUCUCCGGCUUCAGCAUCAUGUAUGGUUUGGUGGGUGCACUUGAAACUCUAUGUGGUCAAGCUUAUGGAGCAAAACAAUACGCUAAACUCGGAACUUAUACUUACUCUGCAAUAGCUUCGAACGUACCUAUUUGUCUACUCAUAUCGGUUCUCUGGUUUUACAUGGACAAACUCUUGGUUUCAAUCGGACAAGAUCCUGACAUCUCUAAGGUAGCUGGUUCCUACGCGGUUUGUCUUAUACCGGCAUUGUUCUCUCAAGCGGUGCAACAACCUCUGACUAGGUUUCUUCAGACUCAGGGUUUGGUUCUUCCUCUUCUCUACUGUGCCAUAACCACCCUUUUGUUCCAUAUACCUGUUUGUCUGACUCUGGUCUACACGUUUGGUCUUGGAAGCAAUGGAGCUGCCCUGGCUAUUAGUUUGUCUUACUGGUUCAAUGUGUUAAUUCUUGCUUUGUAUGUGAGAUUUUCAAGCUCUUGCGAGAAGACUCGUGGUUUUGUAUCUGAUGAUUUUGUGUCGAGCGUCAAGCAGUUUUUUCAGUAUGGGAUACCAUCAGCAGCAAUGACUUGCAUAGAAUGGUCCUUGUUUGAGUUCCUUAUAUUGUCCUCAGGGCUCCUCCCUAACCCGAAACUCGAGACCUCUGUUCUUUCAAUUUGUCUCACAACAGGAUCUCUCCACUAUGUCAUUCCAAUGGGUAUUGGGGCUGCUGGAAGCACACGGAUUUCAAACGAAUUGGGAGCGGGGAAUCCUGAGGUUGCUAGGCUGGCAGUGUUUGCCGGUAUUUUCCUUUGGUUCCUAGAGGCUACCACUUGUUGCACACUCCUCUUCGCUUGCAGGAAUAUUUUCGGUUACGCCUUCAGCAACAGCAAAGAAGUUGUGGACUAUGUCACUGAGCUAUCUCCUUUGCUUUGUCUCUCAUUUUUAGUUGAUGGAUUCUCUGCAGUGCUUGGGGGGGUUGCUAGGGGAAGUGGGUGGCAACAUAUUGGAGCUUGGGCAAAUGUGGUGGCUUACUAUCUCCUAGGAGCUCCGGUUGGACUUUUCUUAGGAUUUUGGUGUCACAUGAACGGUAAAGGACUAUGGAUUGGUGUGGUUGUUGGGUCUACGGCGCAAGGGAUUAUACUAGCUAUAGUCACUGCUUGCAUGAGCUGGAAUGAGCAGGCUGCUCAAGCAAGAAAGAGAAUAGUUGUAAGGACUUCUUCGUUUGGCAGUGGACUUGCUUGAAGGGUUCUUUAUUUCUAUUUUUGAGACAAGUCACAGGGUGACAUAGAUUUUGUUUUCUUCAAAUUAUGGGACAAUCAUCAUGGCCCUGUUUUUUUGCUGAUCGCUGCAAUAGCGACUGCGACUGAAAAUUAAAGAGGAGGAAGCUGAACGGACGACACAGUUUUUUAAAAAAUCAUUCGCUGAGUUUUUUGGAACUGAUGACGUGAAAGGAGUUUCUAAUCGCUAGUAUUAUUGACGACUCCACAAUCGCUUUAUCACGCUUCCAGUUUUUCUAAUCCCACUUCCAUUUUCCCCGGCGUUACUUUUAUUACAGUUUUAAUUGUCGUUUUGCUUUUAUACUUUUUACGUUCACCACCGUCAUUUUACACAGUCGCAAUCGCUAUUUCAGCGAUCAACAAAAGAACAGGGCCCAUAUCACUAGAGAACAUUGGAGUGACAAUGUAGGAGUUAAUUUAUCAUGCUGUCUCAUAUGCGGUGGUAACACUUUCUAAAAAUACAAUAUCUUCACAAUAUACAUUUAUACAUUUUCGGAAGAUAAAAUAUCUGUAUAACAUCAUUUUAAAAUUUAUUAA